AUGGCCAUUAAAACAGACAUGAGCAAAGCUUACGAUAGAGUGGAAUGGAAUUUUUUAGAAGCUAUGAUGAGGAAAAUGGGAUUCAGAGAGAAAUGGAUCCAUUGGAUAAUGAGAUGUGUCGGAUCAGUCUCCUAUAGUGUACUGAUAAAUGGAAAUCCCACAGGCCAAAUAACUCCCUCUAGAGGAUUACGGCAGGAAGAUCCACUCUCACCAUACCUUUUCAUUCUCUGCAUAGAAGUUCUGAUAGCAAAUAUAAGAACAGCUGAAAAUUUAGGACAGAUCACGGGACUCAUAGUGGCCCAAGCAAGUCCUCCGAUAUCUCAUCUCCUCUUUGCAGAUGACAGCCUCUUCUUCUGUAAAGCAGUCCCAGAACAAUGCAACAGCCUCCUCAACGCGCUAAACACGUAUGGAAGUGGUUCUGGACAAAGAAUUAAUUUUGAGAAAUCAGCUAUCACUUUCGGUAAAAAAGUGCCUCACGAAAAUAUGGAAAACCUGCAGAAUAUCUUAGGCAUUACAACUGAAAGCGGCAAUGGAAAAUAUUUAGGCAUCCCGGAGCUACUCCAAGGCUCUAAGACCCAAGCCUUUGCCUAUGUCCAAAACAAUCUACACAAGAAAGUUAAUGGAUGGACGGCAAAAUACCUUUCCAGAGCCGGCAAAGAAGUUAUGAUCAAAUCUGUAGCAGCAGCCAUUCCGACAUCCCAAUGUCGUGCUAUCUCCUCCCUAAAGGACUAUAAAUUCACAUCCUUUCAAACACCAAAAGCUUCAAGACCAUCCUAUGGCUGGAGAAGCAUGAUGGCUGCAAAAGAUCUUGUCACUAAAGGUCUUAGACGAACAAGGAACAGGGAAGAUACACUGGUUUGGCAAGACCUGUGGUUACCGGAUGAAACCGCCAGGCCUCCUACGAUAACACAUGAUUAUGAUCCGAACCUGAGAGUGUCUGACCUAAUCGAUCCUGUGGAAAAAGAAUGGGACAAUUCUAAACUCAGGAGUUUGCUCCACCCCAACGACAUACCGUUGGUUCGAAGCUUAAAUCUCAAGAGAAAUCCCGGUCGGGAUGGAUAUUGCUGGAACCUAACCACUUCUGGGAAAUACUCGGUCAAGUCAGGCUAUAUGCUUAUUUUAUCGGGGGCAAUUUCAGUCAAUGAAAGACUUUUCAAAAGACACAUUGGGAACGAUCCUAGCUGCCCAAGAUGUGGCUGUGCUGAGGAAACGAUUAACCAUACGAUUUUUACAUACCCUCCCGCUAUGCAAUGCUGGGCCCUUUCAACGAUUCCUUCGGUUCUGGGAGUCUUCCCAUCAGAAAAUCUCUAUACCAACAUGGAUUACCUCCUCUCAAGAUCCAAUACAGGUGGAACUAUGGAGGAAUUAACUAGAGUCUUUCCUUGGAUUAUUUGGUAUAUAUGGAAAGCCCGGAAUGAAAAACUGUUUAAUGGACGUGAAUUCUCACCUAUGGACACAAUUGAUCUGGCGAUACGUGAAUGUAAUGCAUGGUUUUUGGCCAAUGAAGUGAUCGAUCCAGGUGAAAGCACCAUGGAACCAAGAACCCCCAUUGAGGUACCUACAUUCAUAUGUAGGGUGGACGGAUCAUGGAAAAAUGAUGAAACCACUAGUGGAGUAGGAUGGAUCCUACAGCUACAAGACGGUUCAAUAGAUAUCUUGGGGCUCCAAGGAUGCCAUAGACAAAUCUCACCGCUUCAUACUGAACUAAAAAGUUUGAUAUGGGCUCUGAAAUGUUUACUUCGCUUUCAGCGUUACUGCAAUUAUUUUGUUACUGACUCUCAAGAGCUAGUCAAAAUGAUCGCUACACAAAGAACUGGCCGGCCUUUGCAACUGAACUUGACGAGUUUAAAACUGUAUGGGCGUCCUACCAAGAUGGAUAAGUGGUCUACAAGAGCAGAUCCAGUAACACCAAAGCAGACUUCCUGGUAA